AUUUGCUCGCCAGUCACGUCAACAAGAGGCUUCGCCUGAACUCCGUCAGUUCUGCGGCGUCAGAGAGGUUUUACAAUAGAGUUUCCACACAGUCACGCCUCUCUCUCUCUCUCUCUCUCUAAAUUAGGGUUUACUGAAACCCACAGUACGCAACAGAAAACCAGAGAGAGAGAAGAUGAGUGCCGGCGGCUUCCUCAGAAAUGGCCGCAAAAACUACACCUCCAUCCACAGCUUACUGAACAGACACUCAAUCGCCGAUUCAAUCGGAUCUCAACGACAACAAUCAAAGGCUUAUGCUCGAUUUCAUAAUUCGAGGAAAACCAGAGAGCUCGAGCUGUCUCGUCCUAGUAUAUUAUUCUCAUCACCCUACUGUUCCUCUUCCACUGCUGUGUCGUCUUCUUUUAAGUCUGGAUUUGUAGGUUGGUAUUUGGGGCUGAUCAAGUCUCACCCCAUUCUCACUAAAAGCAUCACCUCUGCCUGUAUUUACACCGCCGCUGAUUUCUCCUCUCAGACAAUUGCUCGGCCAUCUUCAGAACCUUAUGAUUUUGUGAGGACCUUACGCAUGGCUGGAUAUGGAAUGAUAAUUAUGGGACCAUCAUUGCAUUUUUGGUUCAACUUUGUGUCGAAAGUCCUUCCAAAACGCGACCUCAUCACAACAUUGAAAAAACUUGUCAUGGGGCAGACAUUAUAUGGACCUACCAUGACUGUUGUUUUCUUCUCUGUGAAUGCGGCCCUACAAGGUGAAAAUGGUGAAGAAAUAAUUGCUCGAUUGAAGCGAGACUUGCUUCCUACAAUGAUGAAUGGAGUUAUGUACUGGCCUAUAUGUGAUUUUGUGACAUACAAAUUCAUCCCUGUUAAUUUACAGCCACUAGUGAGCAAUUCAUUUUCAUAUUUAUGGACUGUUUACAUUACGUACAUGGCAAGCUUGGAGAAAGCAAGCACCAUCGGUUAAUAGAUGAUCCAACUGCUCUGAUUCCCUCGCUAAUGCUUCAGAUCAUACUCAUCACACAACCUCCUGUGCAUCAUUUGCAGUACAAUCAUAUGAACCAAACUCAAUGAAUGCAUCUUCAAAGUGAUGAUGUGAAUCUAAGGUUGAAGGAGAAGAAGAAGAGCCCAUACAUUUUCAUCGAUCGAGCAACUGCAAUCAUGUACUUUUGUGAUAAACUCUACCGUUUUAGAAUUGUAUAAUUAUAUUCAUUUUCUAUGUUUUUGUGUAGUAGCAGUUUAGUGGUAGCCUCUAUUUCAUUAUUAACACAUUGAAUUAGGGUAAAAAAACUGAUUAUUUAUGAUAAUUAUCGUGCCGUCAUGGAAAUAUGAGUCCAUUUUUGUUUCU